AUUGGCAAGCACAAGGCAGGCAAGCACAAGGCAGGCAAGCAUAUGAUGGGCAAGCACAAGAUAGGCAAGCACAAGAUGGGCAGCACAUAGUGGGCAAGCACAAAGCAGGCAAACACAAGGUGGGCAAGCGAAUAAUGGGCAAGCACAAG